CGUACGUGGUGCAGAAGUAGCCGCGGGUGGCUACCACAGCGUCGUUUUGGACUUGUCGGCAUGAUCAAAUAAGUGUAACGCCCUGUACAAGUUCUUAAUAUCAUCCAAAAUGGCUGCAUCCAUAUAUGCCACCCCACCGCCAGAUCUGAGCAGCGAGGACACUGCUCUCUCCGACGUCUCCAACUCAUCGACACUCAACACGAACAGGAAUAACAGCAACAAUCCCCAUGAAGCCACAGGAGCAACAGCCACAGUACCAACAGGAGGAGGAGGAGGAGGAGGAGGAGGUGGCGGAGUGGGAGGCACUUCACCCACCGCCCACUUGGUCAAGGCAAUGGAGCUGGAACUGGAGCCCCAGCCAGCGGGAAGCGGCACAAAUGAGGAGGUGGACCAAGCAGAGGAGGGGCGCAAGGAGGCCGAGGAGCAGGAGGAUUCGGGCGAUGCCAAUAUGGCCACAAUGGCGGCAGCCAUGCAGCUGCAGCUCCUGGAGGCGCUGAGUGAUGCGGCCAAAAAGCGACGCAAGCAGCACAAUCCCAGCCGCCUGGAGGCGCUUAACUUGAGUGGAGAACCCUCCAGUGAAGUGGGAGUGGCCCAAAAGCGGGCCGACUCCUCCACCGUGGACUACGAGGAGAAGUUGUCCAAGAUGUUCCUGCCCAAGUCCAUCGAACAGCUGAAGGAGACCUUCGAAAUGCUGCAGCAGCAGAAGCAGGAGGAGCCCGAACAGGAAACGGAAAUGGAAAGGGAAGCGGAACCGGAAACGGAAGCCAUGGCAGACAUAUCAGACAUACAGGGAAAGCAGCGCGAGAAUCCCUAUCACACCUACUGCAAGCAGUGCGGCGAGAGCUUCGAAACGGAGUUCAAACUCAGCCUGCACAUGCUGCAGGAUCACGGGGAGGAGAGGUCGGGCGAACAGGAUCCCGCCGACUUUCUGGCCUCCAUCAAGGUGAAGCUGGAGCGUGCCGAUAUAGCCAGUCCGCAGUUGCAGCAGGAUCAGCACAUGCAGCAGGACAUGACCAAUGGCCAUGGCAAGGAUUUGGAGCGCGAGCAGGAGCACUGGUUCCAGGCGAUGCAGCAGGCGGCAGUCCAGCAACAUCAUGGCCCACAAAUGCCGCCUGCCUUUCCCUUUCCCCCCGAGGCAGCCUUGGGUCCCGCCGGCUAUCUGCCCCUCCUCGGCAUGUCCGGAUUUCCCGGGGUGGAUGGACUCAAUCGUCCGCCGCUGCGCAUCUUCAAUCCGGAGGCCUACUGCGAGCUGUGCAACAAGGAGUUCUGCAACAAGUACUUCUUAAAGACCCACAAGGCCAACAAGCAUGGCAUCUUCGAUCCCGUCGGCGAAUCGAGCAGCAGCAACACUUCCAGCCAUCACAAUAAUAAUAAUAACAUCACCAGUAGUAACAACAAUAAUAAUAGUAACUCCAAUCCCGGCGUGAGUUCCAUGAGUCAAAUGUUCCAGUUGCAGCGAGAGGCUCAGGUUUUGGCCAGCAAGCAGGAGACACCACCAAUUGGAGGAUCUUCAUUGGCGCCAGUGGCCUCGGUCCAUUGCGACAUCUGUUCCAAGCGGUUCACCAACAUCUUCGCCAUGCGACGCCAUCGGGCCAAGCAGCAUGACAACCAGGAUUCACCCACCAACGAGGCUUCAUCGCAGCAGCCGCCUGCCAUUAAGCAGGAAAUACCACAGGAAGCGGAAAUGAAACCCUAUCAGCUGCCCGAAGGAUUCCGCGAGGACUUCACCUUGGAACAGGAGGAGCUGAGCUUUGUGCCGCCACCGCGAAAGUUGCCCUCGCAUCUCCACCAGCAGGCCAAGGACUCCAAUUUCAAUCCCGACAAGCUGCGUCGCCUGGGCGUCCAGUUUCCCGACUUCUUCUGCGAGCUCUGCUACAGGGAGUACGGAAAUCGAUACUUCCUGCGCACCCACAAGUGGAAGCGCCACGGCCUGUUUGUGCCAGCAGAGGAGGCGACUCCGCAGCAGCAGAGCGGCAGCGGCAAGGAGGAGAUGCCCAGUGCCUGGCCCUUUAUGCCGCUCAAUCUGAUGCUGGCCAAGGCAGCGGCUGCUACGAUGGAUCAGCAGCAGCAGGAACGCGAACCGGAAACGGAAGUAGCCACCGGUGACUCGGAGCAACCCAGCAAGAGGAUCAAACUGGAGCAGCAAUCAACACCACCGGAGAACUACCAGGAUGAGGAAAAGCUAAAUGGCUCUGUGGUGGGUCUGCAGAAUCUGCAGAAGCUGCAGUCCAUGUUGCAGCAGCUGAACGACAUUAAUGGCAAGCGACCUUUGCCCUGUCACCUCUGCGGUCAGGAGCAGGAAAAUCAGUAUGCUCUAAGGGCUCACCUGAUGACCGAGCAUGCUGGCCAGAUGCAACUGCCCAUGACCAUGCCCAUGCCGAUUCCACUGCCCGAUCAACAGCAUCCCAUGGGAUUGUAUCAUCCGCAGGGUAAUCCAUUAACUCCCCCUGCUCCUGGUGCCAGAUCUCCACUAGCCACUAGCGAUCUGCGCUGCCAGCAAUGCGAUCGGGAUUUCGCCACCAGCCAGGAAUUUAAGCAACAUAUCGCCGAGGUUCAUUUGGGUCGCAACGGAGGACUGAGUAACAGCCCCCUGCGCGAUGGUUUCUUCACGCCCGAACGCCCAGUGGCGCCCUCGGCGGGCGGACCCGGAACCCCAGCCGCUCCGCCGCCAGGAAAUCGUCCUGCUUACACUUUGACGCCCACUAGCAGCUACUGUGAGAUUUGCAACAAGGAGCUGUGCAACAAGUACUUCAUGAAAACCCACAUGCAGCGGAUGCACGGCAUCGAGAUCGAGAAUGGAGCUCAGAUUGGCGGCGUGGUGUGCAACAUUUGCAACAAGGAGCUGUGCAGCAAGUACUUCCUGCGGGUGCACAAGCACAACACCCACGGCAUCAUCGAGGAGGGAUCGCCGCUGCCACAGCCGAGGGGUCAGAAUGGGGUGAAAAUAGAUGCAGCUGCCGCAGCAGCAGCAUCGCAGCCUCCACAGGAUCAGGAGCUCAACGUUUCACCAACUGCAACAAAUGAAGGUGGGGGUGGAAGUGGUUCCUCCAAUGCCAACCACGAGGUUUGCCCCUUGUGCUCUCGCCAAUUCCGCAGCUUCAAGUGGCUGCGUUCCCAUCUGAUGAACGAGCACGGAACUGCAGGAGUGGAGAGGCUACGGGAAAUGGACACCACCUCCAGUCAGAGUUCCUCUGCUCGCAGCAAGCCCAAUAGUCCCACGCUCAAGAUUCCCAACGGCUCGGGAUCAGCGGGAUCCGGAGUCGGAGCCGGAAGCACCGCUCCUAAUCUCGCCCAGGCCCUGCAGAACCUCAAUGCCCAGCAUCUCUUCGGGCAAAUGCAACAGCAGCAGCAACAGCAGAUGCCCAAGAUGCCACCUUUGCCGCUGCCCGGAAUGUUUGGCGAGCAGGCUGCCCGGUUCAAGGAGUACCAGUGCUCACUGUGCCCCUUCACCACGCCCUACUACGCCUUCCUCUUCAUCCACGAGCGCUCCCAUGCGCUGCUGAACAAUGGCGGCGAGGAGCUACCCCUGGAGACGCCGCCGCCGGCUCAGGCAGCGCCGAGGAGUUCGGGUAAAUCCCGCAGCAAAUCCAGCAAGGCGGUAGCACCACCACCACCGUCCAUCAAAGCGGAGGAGCCCGAGGCCCAGUUAGAGCAACCUACCAACCUAAGCACCUCGGCGAACAAGGUCGCCUCCCAUUCCCCCACCACUGGAGGCGCAGGAUCUCCGCCCAGCUCAACUUCACCCAAGAUACAACGCCGUCGCUCCUCCACCUCAAAGCCACCAACGACGACGACGCCUAAUGGUUUGGGAAGUAAUAACCAUCGAUCGGCGGCCACCUCACCCUUCGAGGGAUGCGGCGAGUUGGCCAAUGGAAGUGGCAAGCCAGCCAGCUAUGCGCAGCCGGAUCGGGCAGAGGAAGCAUAUCAGAUGCAGGCCUUCCACCUGCAGCCCGCCGACGCCGACUCGGAAAUGCAGUUUGCACCUGCUCUGGUUUAUUUACCCGUGAGGGUGAGGGCCUCCGAAUCGGCCACGCUCAGCUUCCGGCUCACACCGGCCUAAGAGGUGCCACAUGCAACAGGUUAAGUGUUGCCAGCGUAAGUUCAAGCCAUAGAAAUCCGAAAAAUCCAGGGAUUGG